AUGCCGAACAUGAACUCGCAGCCUUCCCCAGACACUCUUCUUUACGAUUCCCUGAUUCGCAAGUUCCAGACGCCUGCUGAGCGAGAGGCCGAGGGCAAGGCCAAAGGUUACUCGGGUGUCCUAGAAAGCUCGCUACUAAGGGGCGAAGCACGUCUUGCUGAUCUCAAGGCAUCAACCGAUCCGGAAUCGACGCCUGAGUCCGCCAAAGAAUUUACUACUGAAGCUCAUCUAUCCAAGACCGAGACCAAGGAAGAGGGGCUCGAGAGGUGGCAAGAAUUCUUGACCGAACGUUUCGUUCGCGGCCAUGAUGAAGAUUUUGAUUACAGCCUGGUCGAUCACAACGACGAAUAUGACACCAUGGAGAGGCGCGAUGCCGAAGAGGCGUGGUUUGACGAGGAAGAUCCCAAUUGGGCCAGCGACGCCGACGAGCGAGCUGGGGCCAAGCAGGGCGAAACCGGUGUCCAGGACUUUUGA